ACGACUUCUCCAGCAGCUGUGGAGCGGGACCUCUGUGGCAUCACGCAGCAACAACGAGGGAGAAACGGCCAAAAUGUAAAAGACAAGAAGCCAUCCACCGCUUUCUGAAAGUAGGUGUGCAGCCCAGAGGGGGGGUCAGCAUUUACGGCGAUGCGUAAAAGUUGCUGUUGGCUGUGUGAUACGUGCGUAAAAGUGAGCCAAAGUAAAUAUUCGAAACGCUUUCCUUUUGAUGUGAUGGAUCGGUCAGUGAGUCUUUGGCAUGUAAUGAAAAACUGAUGCUGUGGGGAACAAUCGCAUGAGGUGGCGAUAGAGCCCGAGCGCAGCGGGCCAGCAGAUGCAGGACUAAGCUCGAGAAUCGAGUUUGUCUGGUGCGCAGGAGAAGUAGGACAAGCCUAACGCCGCCCAGAUACUUCUCCUUCGUCAUGCGUAAAGCACUUUCCUCUUCCAGCAUCUCGAUGUUAUGAUACAGUUCAGUCUCAACGAUUCUUUUCUACAGGACGGCAGGUAGCGCAAAGUUCCGUCGUUCGCAUCCCUCUUGAUCAGCAUGGACGAGUCCGCUGCGGCCAACAGCGGCUCGGACGGGGACAGCAUCAGCCUCAGCGUGCUCAACUGGGAGCAAGUGCAGCGGCUGGACAACAUCCUCACCGGCUCCAUCCCCAUCCACGGUCGCUGGAGCUUCCCGACCCUGGAGGUGAAGCCGAGAGAUAUUGUCAAGGUGGUCCGGAGCCGCAUGGAGGAGAGGCGGAUACAUGUCCGGGAGGUGCGCCUGAACGGCUCCGCUGCGAGCUACGUCCUGCAUGAGGACAGCGGGCUGGGAUGGAAAGAUCUGGACUUGAUAUUCUGCGCCGAGCUGAAAGGAGAGAUGGAGUUUCAGAUAGUGAAAGACAUAGUCCUGGACUCUCUUCUAGACUUCUUGCCUGAGGGAGUGAAUAAAGAGAAGAUCACACCAGUGACCUUAAAGGAGGCCUAUGUGCAAAAGAUGGUGAAGGUGUGUAAUGACUCUGACCGCUGGAGUCUCAUCUCCCUCUCCAACAACCGUGGCAAGAACGUGGAGCUAAAGUUUGUCGACUCCCUUCGACGGCAGUUUGAGUUCAGCGUGGACUCCUUCCAGAUCCGGCUGGACUCGCUCCUCCUCUUCUACGAGUGCUCAGAGCACCCGAUGGCUGCCACCUUCCACCCCACAAUCCUUGGGGAGAGCGUCUACGGCGACUUCCCCACUGCCCUCGAUCACCUGCGUAAGCGCCUCAUCUGCACACGGAGUCCCGAAGAGAUCCGAGGAGGGGGCUUACUCAAGUACUGCCACCUCCUGGUGCGAGGUUUCCGUGCAGCAUCAGAAGGCGAGAUGAAACUGCUGCAGCGCUACAUGUGCUCGCGGUUCUUCAUAGACUUUCCCGACGUGGGCGAGCAGAGGAGGAAGCUGGAGUCCUACCUGCAGAACCAUUUUGUGGACCUGGAGGACAGGAAGUAUGACUACCUGGCCACGCUGUACGACGUGGUACAGGAGAGCACGGUGUGCCUGAUGGGCCACGAGAGGCGCCAGACGCUCAGCCUCAUCUCGUCACUGGCGCUGCGGGUCCUGGCUGAGCAGAAUGCCAUUCCCAAUGCUGCCAAUGUCACCUGCUUCUAUCAGCCUGCCCCUUAUGUCUCCGAUGGCAACUUCAGCAACUAUUAUGUAGCGCAGAUUCAGCCUGUCUACGCCUGUCCACCCUCGCCUCCUCAUCAUCCGUAUCUUACUCCUGCACAUCCCAUGUACGCCACCUGGUUGCCCUGUAACUAAACCUUGUGAGCAUCUAUGCUUUUUGUGUAGCUGGUGGAACACAUGUCCAAUUAAAAGGGGUAAAUGAUGACGUUUUUAUCUCUUCCAUAAGAUGGGAAACUGAGGGAAAUGAGAGGAGCAAAUGCUGGAGACAAAUUUAAACAGACAUUAAGGCGCAGAUUAAAGAAGAGAAUAAAGUAAAGAAGGGAAGACAGUGGGCCAGAGAAAGGCUUUUCCCUGCAGUACGGUGCCACAGUACGAAGGAGCUGAGCACACUGGGAGAGAUGCCAAUGACAGAGGCUGACCAUCAGUUUCAUGGUUCUUUCAUCAGGGCCAAGAUCGAUUUGAUGGAAAAGACCACAAGUCGAGCCUCAGAGUCAUCGACACCCUGGAUCUAAAGAUAUUUUCCUCCUACGAACUCAAUACACAGAAACAGAAACCAGACCCUCACAUUUACAGGCGGCAGCCAUGGAGAGGAACAGACACACGCACACGAUGCAUUGAAGAUAUUGAACAUGAUGCAAUGAAGAUAUUGAUUCUUGAUCCAACAACAGCAACACUUUGACCUUUUACAUGUGCUCUGCUCUUUGUGUGUGGGCGUGUGUGUGUGUAUGUGGGGGGGAGGAGGCGGACCAUGCAAAAAAAAGGAACUGAUACUGUUUACAAAUCCAAAGAUCUACUUCGACACUCAAGUUCUGUCUGAACUGAAAAACAACAAAACAAUGCAUGCUUUAUUCCUGUACAGGAAUAAGUUUCUUUAAGUGCCUCGACAAAGCCCAAAGGGAAGAGACAGUUAUCGUGGUUGCGGAGAGCCGCUGAGUUGUCUCAGUGACGAGCAAUGAUGACCCCUGAUAAAGAUGAAUGUAUUGUGAGAGUUUACCAAUAGCUGAGUAAGGGUCUCUUACACUGAGAAAUGUAUCUUCCUCAACUUUUUUUCCUUUUUAUCUUUUUUGACAAUGUUUCGCUAAAGCUGUCUCUUAUCUGCGGUCCUGCUAGACGAACGCACAUCCUGAUUACCAAAGAGGAAGUAACAACAUAAUCUCAUCAACUAUAGAAAGAAGGGGCGGUAGACUGGAGGUGGUGGAUAGAGAGGGGGAGGGUGGGGAUAAAAAAAUGCUUGUUAAAGUAAAGUAGAUUGUACUUGUGGGAGAAACAGUUUCGUUACGGGAGAAAAUAAACUGCCCUUUUCUGUUGCAACAUACAGUAAAAUGGACCAGCACACAGCCUGACAACAUAACAUGCAACUUAUCCCAGAGAGGAGUUUGUCUCAUUUUGAUUUACUAUUUCAACAACUGUAAUUCUUAAAAAGUGUCUAUCAACAUGCACACAUGCUACAUGCUGAAAUGUUGCAAGGUAAAAUGCACAUUAAUAAAUUGCCUUGAAAUAUGCUACUCAUCCUUUCUUAAAGGUGCCCUGUGGAGUUCAGAUCGAUAACACUAUAUAAAGUUAGGUUUUAUCCUCAAGGUCAAAAAGUAAUUGUUGGGUGGAUAUAUUAGUUUUCGAUAUUUUAAAACAUGCAUUGUUUUACAAUCCCACAUUUGGGGUAUUUUUCCUUGUGCAUCACCAGACAUCAGUGGAUCAGAGUGAAGCUGAUUGAGGGAUAUAAAUAUGCCCUGUUUGGUUCAAUAUGUGCAUGUGAAUCCUUGGAGCACGAUACAAAUGAAAUGGGGACUCACUUACUGCAAUACUCCAUAGCGCUACUAGUGGUCAAAAACUCUACAGGACACCUUUAAGUUUCGAAUGCAUCUAAAACAGAAAGUAAAUUAGAUGUGCAACUCAUUUGAAAUUGUAUUUUGAAACAGUUUUUUGAAACUUUUCGGAAAUUACAAAUUAAAGUUUUAGUAUAAUCAAAACGAUACAAAAAUAUGAUUAUAUGUUACAUUACAUCCCAUCUUUUUAAAUCAAAUAAAUAGAAUGGUAAAUUUCUCCAUAUUUUGUGUACAAAGGCAUUUUGAUAUUCACUGUAAUAGAAAAAAUGAUUGCUUUCCAUGUGUACAAGCUGUUUUCAGGAUAUGUAUCUCCUGUAGCGGCAUCUGCAAAUAUCUGCAGAGCUGACAGUGAUGCAGAUGUGUGUUUGUAAGAGGGGUGGAGUUUGGAUUGUGUGUGUUUCAGCAAUGUACAAGCUUAAAACUGCCAAGGACCCAACAGAUACAAAAGCUUCAGAGGUGUAAGAAGCACAAUUAACAUUGGUCAGUGUUUAUCCUGACUUUUCUGAAAACAUUACAAUUUGACUCGUUGGAAUUGUCAAUUUAAAUCUCUUCUUAGCAUGGAAGAGCACCACAUAAAAAAUGAUUACAGGUAACAGACAAUCACAUGGAUAAUUGAGUGGCAAUAAGUUGAGCUAGGAUUUUUCUCAGCUUUCAAAGUGAAAGAGACUCAGUAUAUUCUCUCAGACAUGUUCAAUCAGAGCUCUUAUUUUUCUAUCGAUCUCUAUUUUUGUACAGUUUGUGUUUGGCUGGUUGUAGCAGGCAGAUUCAAGGGCUGUGUCAUUGAGUCAAGGAUUGUUUUGUUUUUCUUCGUGGUGUGGGGGAAAUCUGUGUUUUACUUCGUGUGAGGCGGAGCAGCGCGGGUGGACACUGUGUUUAAACUGAGAUGCAGAUUUGACUUUGUGCUCUGAACUGUUUCAUAUGAAUUUUUCUGUUGCUCCAAAGAGAUUGUGUCACAGUUGUGUACAUGUGAUUUUAAACUGCUGUCCUGUUUGGACAUGGAAAUAAUGAUCUGAUAAUUGUGUUGCAAAGUUUUUCGACUUGAUAAUUAAAAACAAAAAAGACCAUCACACAA